AUGGAGCUCAAAGACCUGGCGUUACCGCUGGUGGGCAUCGUGUGGUCCUUGAUUGGCCUGUCCUGUAUCACCUUCGGUCUUCGGGUAUACGUGCGGGCAUAUAUGCGGAAAGGGCUUGGGGCUGACGACGGCCUCAUGUUGCUUGGCCUGGUCUUAUUCGUUCUCAGUGGAAUCCUUACCACUCUAGCAGCAGAUGCGGGAUUGGGGAUACAUAAUUACGGGGCGACGGCGGUGGAAAUGCGGGAUGCGCUAAUGUACUUCACCUUCUGGCAACUCGCCUACACGACUUCGGCCGUGUUUGUCAAAGCCGGAGUGUGUAUAUCCCUCUGCCGCAUCACGACAGUGCCACUCCACAAAAAGAUUCUGUGGACGCUCAUCGCCGUCUCUGUCGUAGCGAGUACAGUUGCCUGCGUAAUCGUCUUCUCCGGAUGCCGCCCAUUCGAAGCCACGUGGGACAAGACGAUUCCCGGAGCAAAGUGUACAGGCGCAGCCAACUCGCUUUCUACAAGCUACAUCAUCUCGGCAAUUACCAUCGUCACCGACUGGAGCUGCGCGCUUAUGCCGGUCUUUAUCGUUUGGGACGUUCAGAUGCAUUGGAAAGUGAAAGUGUCCGUCUGUCUGGUUUUGGGUCUCGGCGUACUGUCGAGCGUGGCCACCUUAGUGCGUCUAAAAGCGAUUCCAGCGUACGGAAACAGAGAUGACUUUCUUUAUGGAAUGGCGGAUAUCGUGGUAUGGUCAGAGACAGAAAUAGGCCUUGCAAUUAUCGCCGGCUCCAUUGCUGCGCUGAAGCCGCUCUUGGCCAAAAUCGUGCCAAGCUUUGGCAGCAAGGCAGGGUUGAGUUACAGCCACCACUUGAGUGGAACCCUUGGAGAAAGCCACCGAUUGGGAGAUUGGCCUGGCUGCGGUACGGCUGCCACAGUCGUCGAGAACAACAAUUCCUGCCAGGACCAAAAAGACGAGUCGGACAAUAUCAGUCAAAAGGGGCUCUUGGGGGAAGUGGAGCCAUUACAAAAGCUGGUAUCGCGACUAUACGGAGGCAGCAAAGCCACCAGCAUGUCCAGACGCGAGUUCAAAGUAGUCAUCGUUGGGGCCAGUAUUGCUGGCCUCACGCUGGCAAACCUGUUCCAAAAUCUCAACAUUGACUUUGUGGUGCUCGAGGCUUACGGGGUUAUUGCCCCGCAGGUUGGCGCAAGCAUCGGCUUCCACCCAAACGGCCUCCGUAUCCUUGACCAGCUGGGAUGCUACGAAGACAUUCUGAAAAUUUCAGCAGCUGCAGACAAGACUACCGUUCGAACGGAAGAUGGUCGUGUUUUGCAUUCCCACAGUACCUCCAAACACGUCCUACAGAGACAUGGGUACCCGAUCCUGUUCCUGGAGAGGCGAGAUGCCGUUCAGAUUCUCUACGACCAUGUCCGGGACAAGACCAGAAUCCGAACCGGCCAGCGCGUCAACCGGGUCGAGCUUCUGGGAGACGGGGUGCGGGCCUACACCACCAACGGAGACGCGUUUGAAGGCAGCAUAGUCGUAGGAGCGGAUGGAAUCCACAGCACGCUUCGCGAGCAAAUGUGGGAUCUAGCGAACAAGCUCCAACCGGGCCACAUUCCGCCAACGGUAGGAGACUCCAUGCCUUCCGAGUAUGGGUGCAUCUUUGGCAUCUCAAAAACCACCGGCGACAUCAAGGCCACCGAGGUGCAUCUCACGCACAUGAAGGACGCCGUGAUAGCCGUCAUGUGCGGACAGAAGGAUCGGCCCUUCUGGUUCUGCUUUUUCAAGCUCGAAAAGCCACACUAUGGCAUUCGCUUACCUCGCUAUACCACCGAGGAUGAACUGCGUAUCGUCGAGCAGAACGCAAAAGCACGCAUCACGGACCGGGUACAGUUCGCGGACCUGUACGCCAACGUCGAGUUCUCGACCACCACGCCUCUCCCGCACCACGUUUUCGACAAUUUCUUCUUCGAUAGAAUCUGCCUCGUGGGCGACUCUGUGCACAAGUUCAACCCCAUCUCGGGUCAGGGAGGCAACAGUGCCAUUGAAACCGCAACCUGCCUUGCGGAUAAUCUGUUCGCCGCCCUCGACGCAAGCGAGGAGAACACGCUCGACGCAGCCCAGAUUCGGGAUGUCUUUGCCGCCACGCAGAGUAGGCGGCGCGCGCGAGCCCAAGCCUUGGUCAAGGCCAGCAUUACCGCACAGCGCGUGUCCGCUUGGGAAACCACUGUUCUGAAGUUCCUGGACACGCGCAUAGCACCCAUGCUCGACACAGAAGCCAUUGCCGACCAGAUCAGCGAGCCCAUCGUCGGUGCUGUAAGCUCACGCUUCUUGCCGCUUCCCACCCCACCGCAUUCAAUUCCGUACGAAGACGAGCUGCACGACGCGCCUCGUCCGCGAAGGCGGUCGUGGAUCGUUGCCACCGCAACGUACAUGGGCCUUCUCGCCAUUGGCAUAUACUAUCUUGCUUACCUGUCGUCGAAGAACGGGACUCUGGAAAAGGCACUCGGCGAGAUCAGGACCAGGAUAUCCGAAGACGGAGGCUCUUUCACGCUCCUGGAUCUCGAAAGCAUCCCCGUCGUCGGUCCCGUGUUGGUCGCCUUCGCCACCUACUUCCCCGCGACGGAAUUCGGAAACCUCGACCUCCGCUUGCUGACUUUCUAUCUGUCCAUUUCCGAAUUCGUCAUCUUCGCCAUCUGGACGCUCGAGUCCUGCCGGCCCCGCAAUCGAGUGUCGCCACUGAGAUUCGCUCUCGUUUUCGGUGCCUUGAGCCAUUGCACUGCCGUCUGCUUCAUAACCCCGCUCCACGCUCUGCUCGACACAGUCACCACCGCUUCUCCCACCAAGUUCUGGCCGACUUCGACACACGUCCCGCCGGCCGACGCGCGAGCCAUCCUCCCCGCCAUGACCGUCGGCAUGCUAGUCCCAACGCUCUUCGUGUUCGUGGGCCUGCCAAGCCGCCUUGCCAGGCAAGUCGCGAUCCUGGUGUGGGCCUUCUUCCCCCUUUACAUCCACCUGUCUCAAAAGUGGUUCGCAGCGAGAUUUCGCGCAGCUGCCGAGCCCGCCACUCUGACCGCUGGCUCGCCCGUCUCCGUGGCGGCCAUACGCCGACUCUUCCACUUCUCGUUCGCCAUCAGUGCCUUGGCGCAUUUUUAUGCCGUCGGCACCUCCUCCUUGGUACUCGGCUCCGUCUCAUCCGUUUUUGCCUUCCGGCCCUCGAGCCUUGAUUCCCCCCUGUCCGGCAAUCACAACAUGUAUCUGGUGGACUUCUACAUCACCAUGGCCGCCGCACUGCUCUGGUCGCUGGCUAGCAUCCGCGACCUGGAAAGGAAUGGCUUGGUGGCACGCAUGAACUGGCCCGUUGUGUUGUCUGCAGCUCUUGCUGGGAGUGUUGCACUUGGGCCUGCAGCCGUUGUUUCGGCCAUUCUUGCGUGGCGGGAAAGCAAGCUGGCCCAGCCUGUCAAGGCAAAGUUGCUAUAG